CUCACAUUAUAUAAGGACACCUGUAGCAUCAGCAGGACAGAGCCUCCUGCAUUCCUCUGGAUCCCACCCUGACUCCACCUGAAGAAACUGUUGCCACCCCAUCAUGGCCUCCAGUAUCUCCAUGAGAAGCUACUCCAUGGGCCGCCAGCCGUCCUUCUCCAGUCGCUCUCUCAUGGACACGAGCCGGUCUCGCUCCCGCGCCUCCGUCUCUUUCUCGGCGGCCAACCCGCUGACCCGGUCGGCCUCCAUCGGACAGGACCUGAACGGGCCGAUCGGCCUCCAGCUCAACGGGCUGCACGGCAACAGCACCAACGAGAAGGAAGCCAUGCAGAGCCUCAACAGCCGGCUGGCCAACUACCUGGACAAGGUGCGUUCCUUGGAGCGCUCCAAUGCCGACCUGGAGAUGAAAAUUAAGCAGAUGAUGCUCGACCGCAUUCCCAAAGGUCACGACCUGGACUCCAUGAUGGCCCAGGCUCACGCGGUUGAGCAAGAGGUGAGGAAGAAGACCUUGGAAAACGCUCGCCUCAUGCUAGAGAUCGACAACGCUAAACUGGCCGCUGAUGACUUCAGAAUCAAGUGGGAGACUGAGCUGGUGAUGUGUCAGUCUGUGGAGCGAGACUGCGUUGCUCUGAAAAAGGCCAAGACCGACCACGAGCAGAUCAUCGCCUCUCUGAGGGGAGAUUUGGACAGCCUGAAAGAAGAGCUGUACUUCCUCAAGAAAAACCACGAGGAGGAGCUUGAGCAGAUGAAGUCCCGUAUUGCCAGGGAUGAGGUGAACGUGGAGGUGGACUCCGCCACCGGACCCGAGCUGGGCACCGUUCUGUCCGAGCUGCGUUCCCAGUACGAGGGGAUCGUCAAGAAGAACAAGGAGCAAGCGGAGCAGUGGUACCGCAAGAAGCUGGAGACGGUGCACAAUGAGGUGAAGGAGAGCAACGAGGCUCUGAGGGGAGCCCAGGGAGAGCUGACCGAGAGGCAGCGCUUCCUGCAGACCCUGGAGGUGGAGCUGGAGAGUCUGCACAAACAGAUAGCAGCUCUGGAGGGUAACCUGGGUGAGACCGGUCAGAAGUAUUCUUCUGAGAUGGAGAGGCUGCAGGCCACCCUGAGCCAGCUGGAGGACGACCUGUCUCAGCUCAGGCUGGACAUGCAGCGCACCAAGACCGACUACGAGCAGCUCCUCCGCAUCAAGCAGAACCUGGAAAUGGAGAUCGCCACCUACAGGCGCCUGCUGGAAGGAGAGGAGACAGUCAAAGAAGUUCCUCCUCCACCAAAAAAGGAGCCUGAUGUGCGCACCAGGAAGAUUGUGAAGGUGGUGACCCAGACGAUGGUCAACGGCAAGGUGGUGGACGAAUCCAGCGAGGUGGAGCAGAUCGAGGAGACGAAGAAGUAGCAAACGGGCGGGAGAGAAAUGACAGUGUUUCGCAAAACAGGAUGCGCGAAAGAGAAAAGGUCAGUCAGAAUAUUAGCCAUGGAUUGUGGAGAUAGGGAAUCGCCUUCAUUCGGAUUUACAAGUAACACGUAAACAAGUAAAACUUUGACUUAUCUGUGAUUUUUUUUUUUGUUGUUUUUGCUAUUUUGAUGAAAGAAAAAAAUAAUGGUACAAGCGUAACUACACACAAAAAUGCCCUGUAUUGCUGUUGCUACAUCUGUAUUUUAUGUCUUUUUUUUCUUGCGUAGAUAUGUGUUUGACAGGAGGUGACUAACCAUGGCUAUAUAUCGUAAUGCCGUUUUAUUAAUAAAAGGUUGUGUAUUUAGGCAGUAUAUUUAUUACAUAGCGUGGUAAAGUUUACUUGUAGUCAGUGUAAUACAUGCCUCUUUUACAGGAAUAACAUUUAACUGUCUUUGUCUUGUUUGUCCUCUGAAUAAAAAGUUUGAUUAAUCCAC